CGUCCAGCACGCUGCUCACGCCUCACAGUCGUUCCUCAGGACUCUCACUAGCUGCCGGGUAUCUGGCCGUUUCCUCGAGCUCAUAGAUGAUGGUCCGUGUGUGGGUCGCUGGGGUAUUGAUCCUGAUGGUGGGGAGGCAGACCUCGUCCUCUGACCCCAUUGGGAAGGUCACCCUCCACCUGCUCCACCUACUACCUACCCAAAAGGCCCACCUGUCAGGCGGCUUCAGUGGCAGGGAGGUUAACGGAGGAGUAGAAGGGGGCCUACCUGACUCAUUUGCUCUCACUGCCAACACCAACAUCAACAGCAGCAGUACCUCAUACACCCACCACACACCUACUUCUCCCAUCCACUACCCUAAAACUUACUCAGACCAUCCCUCUACCCAACCAGUCGUCCCUCUCCUCAACGACAACACAAACAGCUCAGAAAACAGAGUCUUAGGAAGCUUGUUUGAGCUCGGUGUGAGCCAUCUUGAGAGACAAGGCAUCAAGGUUAAGGAAGAUGUUGUUUCCCGAAGUGACACGGUGACGAGACUGAACGACACGUCAUCUCUUUACCCAGAGUCUCGAGAAGGUUCUCUCUCUGAUCCUGGUGUCGACAUUGAGGACAAGUUACCCCUACUUCAGUUCCUGGACGGACUCAGAAUGGACGCCUGGGCACAGCUCAAGACGAUGGCCUUAACCUACAUCGAACUGCUAGAUCAAGAGUACAAAACCCAGAAGGUGACGCAGAAGUUACCUUUAGAUCUUAUCAAGAAGGUACUCGAGCUCGGAGACAGAGUCAACUUUCUCCACAUCGUCGGGAAAAAAGUCGACCCGGGGCUCGUGGAGUUCCUAGUCAGUCAUCUGAGGCCAAUUUGGAGCCAGUUUGAGAGAUUCACUACCAGGAAUAAUCCUGAAGGCAGUGGGUCCCCAACCUUCAGAGACAUCGUGAGAGGCGCGGCGCUCAAGACACUGCACCAGUUCGUGGGUCAUGUACUAAGGGUUACAGGAAACUACUUCACCAGUGAUGAACUCGACAACUACAAGAACGAAUUGGUUUCCAUCGUCCCCAUAGCGGCGGAGGGACUCGAUUUGAUAAUGAACGGUGUAUCUAAGUCCCCGGGAUAUGUAGAAGGUCGGUCUAUGGUACAGAGACAAGGCUACGGGUAUGGUGGCUACUCCCAGGGCUACGGCGGGUAUGGUGGCGAUGGUGAGAUAAGCUAUGGUGGCUAUGGUGCCCACGAUGAUUAUGGGACGUCAGGCUAUGGUUAUGGGGUAUACCUGGACCCCUACCUUGUGCUAGGUAGCAUCGGGGCGGCGGCACUUCUCUGUUUCCUGGCUUACAAGGUCAUCAUGACAAAAUCCACGACGAUGACCCUACGGCGACGUAGUAACGAGGAAUACCUGUCUUUCUUGGAUUCCUCUGAUGUACCCGAAGUCGUCCACUCCAUUUACAGUAUGCUGGAGGGAGCCAACGACAAGUACAGAUCCAGGAGGUCCUUGUCCUCACACCUGGACUUCACAGACGACUUAGCCCAGAGUCUCAACUCUCUGUGGUGGGAACACGAGCAUCACUACGGCUGCGUAAGGUGUUUACUCUUCAACUACACCGUUGAACGUAACCACACAGAAGACAACCGCCUUCAACGGCUCACUGUGGCAGGGAUGGCGCAUCUGCUGGGAGCUGACAGGUCAGGUCAGCUGGUGGACGAGGUCACUAAUCUCACGCUGGAAGGCAGACCAGUUAUUUGUGAACAGGUGUCCAACACCUGUAACCUGAAGUGAGCUGUCGUGUCACAUCCGUGCUGUACCAAUCAGCUGACUACCUGCCGUCUGAACACCUGUCGUACAUAUCAGCUGAUUAACUGUCGUCUGAACACCUGUCGUACCUCAUGUCACUUCUUCUUGCACAGUUGAUGUAAUUUAAAACCUAUACAGUAUAUCCUCACAACUAGCGUCUCCUCUCACAGCUAGUCUCACUCACCGAUAAAACCUCUCAUUGUGAACAUCUCUCUCAGAUGAUACCUUGAACUGUUUGUGACCCAUAUUAUUGUUGUUAUCGUGUGUUUAGGAUAUCUGUUUAUGUGUAUAAUGUGUGUGUGUGUGUAAUUAUAUGACUAUUCAUUAGUAUGAAUUAGUUUGUCAGGAAACUGAAACCUUUUAGUCCUGGUUAUAUUGAAGAGAUGAAUGAUAUCUAUUUUAAUUACUAGUCCUGUAGCGGAUACAGUAACUAACUUAAAAAGAGAAGUGUUUAUGUAUGCUUUCAUAUGUGAUAAAUUUUCACAUGUUAAAAAGUAUAUAAAUAUACUUUCAUGUACUAAUAAGAGAUAACAGAUGCAUACUGUCACAGGGAAUGUAGAACUGCAUUAUAUAUUAACAGGUUAUAUAAACUAUAUAUGUAACUUUUUAUAAAUAAUAAACAUAGCCAUUAGAAUACUAGAGCAGGAGUUAGGGGGGUUUUAAUCACCCGUCUGAGGCCAAAAGGUUUGAUGGUAUUUUUGUAUUGUAUAUUAUAUGAGUAAUUCAAAAUACCAUUUCUUACUUGAUACUGCCUGGCCAAAAACCCGUGGCAAAGGGUUAACAAUUGUACCGAGCGGAGGCAUUUUUUUUCUUACACUCAGGGAAAUAACAUCGGCAUAAUUGCAAUUUGACCUUAGUAUUUUGUGCAGUUGUGUUUGAAUUCUAUAAAUAACAAAAUAUACAUAAUAAAAACCAUAGAAAUAUAU